AUGUCGAAACCAAGCCGUCGUUUUCGGUUGCACGAACCAUUUCAGCAUGAGAAAUACCAACUAGAGCAUGCUACGGCUCCUCUGGGGUUCCUCAACCCGACACGAGCUCACUUUCAACUAGAUGGAGCAGUUCUGCCUGCUGAAGCCGCCGCUCCCGCCGAAGCCGGCGAUAGUGAAGGUAGCGACUACAUUGGGAAGAAGCAUCACAAGGAGGACGACGAGGAGAUCCCAGCGAAAAACGUCCGCUUCCUCUGGAGAGCGCGCGACAAUCGUAAAGGUCGGCAUGCGUUGCUGGUCCAGAAGCCACAACCUGGAGAGGAGACUCAAUAUCUGACCCCUCGACGAACGACUCACUACAAAGAAGUCCUAAAGAACAUCAAGUUGACAUUUACUUACUUCCCCGUCUGGGACAUCUCUUGGCUUGUGGCAGUCAUAUUCACCUUGGGGAGUGUGGUCUGGGUUAUCAAUGGCUUUUUUGCCUGGUUGCCACUCGUGGCGCCGUCGACAGAAUUUCACAACGAGGUUUAUAUCGGUGGAGGCGUUACUGCUUUCAUCGGAGCCAUUCUUUUCUUUGAGACGGGAUCCAUUCUCCUAGUCAUCGAAGCGGUCAAUUCAAACCACUCAGGCUGUUUCGGCUGGGCUGUUGAACAGCUUCGUGAGGACAUACAUGGCACAUCUGGAAAGCCAAUCUAUCGCUUUCGUGCGAGCCGGCGUCAUUGCCGGCAUCAUCACCAGAACCGUCGCAAUUUUGUCGGAAAGCCAUCUCGAACUCUUGCGGAGGAAGCACAAGUAGCUGCGUACAAGUCUAAGGAUGGCCCAAGCUGGCAAUGGUGGCCGUCGUGGCACGACCUCCGCACUCAUUACAUUCACGAGUUGGGCUUUCUUGCUGGAAUGGCUCAGUUGUUUGGCGCGACAAUCUUCGGAAUAUCGGGUAUCACUGCAUUACCGGGGAUCAUCAACCAUUUGCACCCUCAACACGUCUUGAAUGGCGCAUACUGGAUUCCUCAGGUCAUCGGCGGGAGUGGAUUUAUUGUGAGCAGCGCUCUAUACAUGCUCGAGACGCAGCAGAAGUGGUGGAAGCCGGCAUUCCAUAUCCUCGGUUGGCAUAUAGGGUUUUGGAACUUUAUCGGCGCCAUCGGCUUCACCCUUUGCGGAGCACUUGGAAUGGCGUACAAAAACUCCGGAGCUGAAUACCAAGCUUCACUGUCUACUUUCUGGGGAUCCUGGGCUUUCUUGAUUGGCAGCUACCUGCAACUCUAUGAGAGCUUGGAUACGCACCCAGUGGAAGAAGUAUCUUCACAGGAUGCAUUUGACACUGUAAAGUAA